AUGAAUCAAAAUUCCUCAGCCGGUCUGCCGCUUCCGCCGGAAGUAUGGGACAGCAUUUGCGCCCUGCUGCCUAAACCAACCUUGUCUCGUCUGAGGCUCGUUUCUUCUGGAUUUGACCGUAUUGCCCAACCCUGGGUCUACCGCCACUUGCGUCUUGAGGGCUUUGGCAACUCUGCCGAGCGCUUCGUCGAGAUCGCCAAGUCCCCCGAACUUCGCGACCUAGUUAGAGAGCUCACGGUGGACACCUCGGUUGGCCCCGAGUUCUCAUAUAACUCCAACUGGGGGUAUCCAUUCCCUACCUCCUUCAUGGAUGCUCUGCCAUAUCUACGUUGUUUUAGCUACCUCACAGCCCUCCACCUCCGAUUCAACGAGUAUUGCGGCGAGGAUGCUCGGAGAGGAGUGAGCAUCGAGGAGACGUGGGACUUCCGAUACGGUGUCCUCGAUACCGUGUGCCACUGCGUUGCAGGCAUGUGGACUCCCGAUAAACAGGUCGAGAUUGACAAAAAGAGCGAGCACCAGUGGUGUGACUACAGCCGCAAGCACGUUGAUCCUGAGGAUGAUCUCGGUGUCCCAUUUGAUCAGGUCAUACAGCUCAAGGAGCUGACAGUCACGAACCUGGCCGAUUUUCACGACACUGAUCUGGUUGCCUCGGGAGCCUUGAAGAAAGUCAUGUCCCUGCCGAGCCUAAUCGACCUUAAGCUGCUCAUCGCCACAGAGAUGGACGAGAGCAUGAAUGAGAGCAACGUCUACUAUGAAGAAAAGUACGAGUUUUUCGACCAUCUUCCCGAAACGUGGCUAGCCCCCAGUAUCAGCGACCGCUUGCGAGUUCUGUCGCUAUACUAUAACGAAUACUGGGGCUGGCUCCCAAAGAUGGACUUUCGCAGCAUGAAUUUCCCGCAACUGAAAGUGCUUGCGCUCGGGCAAUACGUCUUCAGUCACGACUGGCAGAUUGACUGGAUUGCCUCCAUCGGGCAGAAGAACGAAAGCGGUGGGUUGGAAGAGCUGUAUCUUGACGACUGUCCCAUCCUAUUCCAAGCUCUUCAGGCGAGUCCACUGGAUGCAAACGACCCCGGAUAUCCUGCACUCAGCACCGUACUCGACGAGGCGGAUUCUGAGAUGCACGAGUACCCGAUGAGAUGGCAUCAUGUGCUUUCCCGGUGGGCUACGUCUCUGAAGGCACUAAAGGUUUUCCGCAUGGGCCAUGGAGAAUGGCACCGGGCGCCAGAAGAUACAUUAAAGUCUAUCCUUAAAGAUUUUCGGGACGUUGACGAAGACGUCCUGCGUUACCGUCUGUCUCAGAACACGCACAGGAGCUUUGACUGUCCUGGGCCCCUAGUCAGUCACUACGGCGUCGAGGAUCCUUUCGAGGUGUGUGAAUCGGGUAAGUACGUGAACGGGACCGGCAUCGAUGGGCGUGGGCCAUACAAGUUGCAGUAUAUCGAGUACGAUGUUGAUGUCACUAGUACACCUUGGCAAGAGACAUUCUGGUCUCAUCUGUUUGAUGAAGAGGGUUUCGAGCCAGAGGAGGGGACGUGGGCGAAGGAUAAUGCUGCGUUUGAGGCGAUUUGUUCGACAAUCAAUGCCCGAACUGCGAGAUAG